AUGACACUUAAAACCGAGGAUAGCCUAUCUCACUUAUACUCCAGGAGGGAAUCAUUAUCAAUCUUACUAACAGCAGAGCCUCGAAUACCUGAAAAUACAGGCUGUAUAUACACAAUGCUGAUCACAUCAUCUACAACCAUCGACUACGCUGUCUUCAACGAAAUGCCUCUCCUCCUUCAGCCGAGGAAGACCGCCGACCACAACCGCCAUUACACUAGAGCCUCAUACCAAGAGGGCACCAACUAUAACAAUGAGCAUUCACUGCCAUUCACUGCCGACGAAAUUUACUCCCUCACCACCAUGCAGAGUUUUCACUGCCUUAUCGCCUGUUUGUCUUUCAAUCCGUUUGUUUUCCUCAAAACAAAGAGCUUCUUCUUGCAAACUUCCACCAUCAUCCCACCGAUAUCUAGACUCGUCCUUGCUUCUCUCGCGAGUCGACAACACAAACAUGACUUCUCCGUUGCCUUUCAAUCACGGAUCCGUACGAUCAAGAUGAUGAGGAUAUGCUGGAUGUCCCGCCUCCGUUCUUCGAUUACACAACUUCGGAAAACAUCGAGGAGAUCACCAGACAACAACUCGCCAUUAUUGCAGACCUUGGAGGUGGCGCCACAGACAUCUCCUGCCAUACCUUUCGCUUCGUCGCCGAUGACAAACACCAUUGCCUUCCGAGGCUGA